AUGGGCAGAAUCACAAGAGCCAGACCAGAUGGCAAAGCGCCACCUCCUGAAGACACCGCGCAAAGCCCACCCGCGACCUCUGCGGCAAGCAAGAAGAAAGGCAAGCUAGUCGCGCCUACGCCUGGCUUUCGCAGCAUGACUGGGGAGGGCAGCAAUCGCGCGCGAGGUGAUCGUUUGAUGGAUGAUGUUGUGCAGCGCCCUACUGUUGGCAACAAGCAGACCAUCUCUUUUGAGAAUCCCGCUGCUCUCCCCGCUUCCACGAAGGAGUACCGUGUCGUUCAUUCAUUCUAUAAGGAUAUUGGCGUUGCUGCCGGCGAUGAGAGUAAUGAGAACGAGGAAGACGAAGAAGACGGCGGAGAAGACGGGGACGACACUGCGGAAGACUCCGACGAGGAUAACCAAGCAAUUCGCCUCAACCCAGAUAUCUUCAGCGUCCUGAAAUCCUCAAGCUAUCCAGCUUACAUCACCGAUGGUCCGGUCAAGAAGGUUCGAGUGACUUGCAUUCAGACCAUUACUUUCGAUACCGCUGCAGGACGUCAGGAGAGGCAGAUUUUACGUCGGGAAACUAUUGUUUCGCUUGGAGAUGGGAUUACGGUUCGGGAUGUUUCUCAUUUGCUGGGGAAUUUCGAGUCGGAGGAUGCUGUGGUGAAUGUUGAGACGGUUAUGGGGUCGAAUACGUAUGUGGAGAUUAAGGGAACGCUGGUUUUGGACGAUCUGGAGGAGUUUGAGGAAUGA